AUGGUUCUUGAAGCAAUCAAGUACAGUCGCGGCGAGCUGGAUAUCCUGGACCAGCUUCAGUUGCCUCAUACAGAAGUUUACGAUGAGGUAAAGUCUGCCCAGGAUGCAUGGCACGCCAUCAAGGAGAUGAGAACUCGUGGCGCACCAGCCAUUGCCAUUGUUGCUGCCCUUGGUCUGGCCGUCGAAUUGGAACUCAUCGCUGGAAAGAACGAACUUUCAAACAUUGCCGAAGAGGUUGAGCUUUUUAUCAAGGAGAAGCUUGAGUACCUGGUCACUAGCAGACCUACCGCUGUGAAUUUGGCAGACGCCGCCAGAAAAUUGCAGAAGAUCGUGCAGGAUGCUGCCAAAGCCCAAAACGCUUCUGGUACCUCUGUCAAGGACGCAUAUGUCAAGGCUGCAGAGCAAAUGCUCGUUGACGAUGUUUCGGAUAACAAGGCCAUUGGUGAGCACGGUGCUGACUGGAUCCUCAAGAACGCUGCUGGAGGCAAGGACCAGGUCAGCAUCUUGACUCAUUGUAACACUGGAUCUCUGGCAACUGCUGGUUAUGGUACUGCUCUUGGAGUUAUUCGUUCUGUUCACGCUAGAGGAUCACUCAAGAGAGCAUUCUGCAGUGAAACCAGACCUUACAACCAAGGAUCACGUUUGACUGCUUUUGAACUGGUACAUGACAAGAUCCCUGCAACUCUGGUGACAGACUCGAUGGCUGCUGCAUUGCUUCGUCUCAAAGGACCUACUGAGAACAUUGCCGCUAUUGUGGUUGGAGCCGAUCGCGUCGCCGCUAAUGGAGACACUGCCAACAAGAUCGGUACCUACUCGCUGGCGAUUCUGGCCAAGCACCACGGAGUCAAAUUCUUGGUAGCAGCACCACGCACUACCAUCGACCUUGAAACCAAGUCUGGAGCAGACAUUGUGAUUGAAGAGAGAGCAGGCAAGGAGAUGACAAUGAUCAAGGGACCCUGCGUCAAGGGAGCAUCUCUUGAUCUGAAGCAGAUCGAGACGGUUAGCAUUGCUGCCAACGGCAUCGACGUAUGGAACCCUGCUUUCGACGUUACGCCGGCAGAGUUGAUUGAUGGAGUCGUGACUGAGAAGGGAGUGGUGGAGAAGGGAUCAGAUGGAGUGUUCCAUUUCGAGGAUAUCUUUGCGGCUUCUGGAUCUGAAGUGAAGCCCACGACUGUUGGAGGCCUUUAA